AUGGGCAGCAGUAACAGGCUAACAGGGGAGAAGAAAAAGGUAAAAGAGGAAAAGCAUGGAUUCUCGUCUGACCCUUAUUUACAAACUUGUGUCUUACAGGCUUAUUUUCACCUAGGAAUCAAUGAAAAGUUAGGACUCUUUGGAAGGCCAGAUAGGCCCAUUGGCUGCCUCGGUACAUCAAAGAUUUAUCGCAUUCUAGGAAAGACUGUGGUUUGUUACCCUAUCAUCUUUGACCUGAGUGAUUUCUACAUGUCUCAAGAUGUUUUAUUGCUAAUAGAUGACAUUAAGAAUGCACUACAGUUCAUUAAACAAUAUUGGAAAAUGCAUGGACGUCCACUUUUCCUUGUUCUCAUUCGGGAAGACAACAUAAGAGGUAGCCGAUUCAACCCCAUAUUAGAUAUGCUGGCAGCCUUUAAAAAAGGAAUGAUUGGAGGAGUCAAAGUUCAUGUUGAUCGUCUACAGACGUUAAUAUCUGGAGCUGUAGUAGAACAACUUGACUUUCUACGAAUCAGUGACACAGAAGAGCUUCCAGAAUUUAAGAGUUUUGAAGAACUAGAAUUUCCCAAACAUUCAAAAGUCAAACGACAAAGCAGCACCCCUGAUGCUCCUGAACUAAAACAACAACCAGAUAUCAGAAUUACUGAAUGGAAAAAUAAAUCCACCAAUGAAAUUCUUCAAAAGCUGAAUGACUGCAAUUGUCUGUCCAGCCAAACCAUCCUGUUGGGUAUACUGCUCAAAAGAGAGGGCCCCAACUUCAUCACAAUGGAAGGUACCAUUUCUGAUCACAUUGAGAGAGUCUAUAGAAGAGCUGGCAGCAAAAAGCUUUGGUUGGCGGUGCGCUACGGGGCUGCAUUUACCCAGAAAUUUUCUUCCUCUAUAGCCCCACACAUUACUACUUUUCUGGUACAUGGGAAGCAGGUAACUCUGGGUGCCUUUGGGCAUGAAGAAGAGGUUAUCUCUAAUCCUUUGUCUCCAAGAGUGAUUAAGAACAUCAUCUAUUAUAAGUGUAAUAUCCAUGAUGAGAGGGAAGCAGUCAUUCAGCAAGAACUGGUCAUUCAUAUUGGCUGGAUCAUCUCCAAUAAUCCUGAGUUAUUCAGUGGCAUGCUGAAGAUACGAAUUGGGUAAGUACUUUGCAUUUGCAUAAAGAGAAUUAUUUAAGCAGUUCUGUAGCAAACUUGGCUUUUCAAUAUGAAGCAAUGCUCCAGGUUUCUGGUGUGUAUUUGGGAAAGUGCCCCUUUCUCCUAAGCUAUGGAAGCAGCAUCUGGUGCUAUGAAGAAAUAAAUACCAGAAAGAAUUCACAUGUUCAUUUAACUCCCAUCUUAGUGAAGUAACUCUGUUCUCUGAUAAAAUCAAACUCUAAGGACCUUCACCAGCUAUGCCAUGUAAAGCACUAAGCACAAUACUUGUAAAAAUACCUAUACAUGAAAUGGGUAAGCCACUAAGAGAAGAAUGAUUCUCAGUAAAACUGGGUGUCAGGAGACACACUCAAAUAAAAAUUUAGUCUUUUCAAGACUAAAAUUCUGCACUGAUUUUCUACUAAAAUUAACAAUUUUUAAUAUCCUAAGUUUUAAAAAGAAAUUGAAAGUAAAGCUCUGGUGAUCCAGAAUCAUCUUAAUCAAGAAUUUUGUGAGGAAGUAGGCCAGAUAUGGUUGCCCAAGCCUGUAAUCUAGCUACUUGGGAGGGAGAAAUCAGGAAGAUUGUGGUUUGAUGUCCAGGCAAAAAGUUCCCUAGACCCUAUCUCACAAUAACCAAUGUUUUACACAUAGUUGCAUAACUAAUAGCACACCUGCCAAACUAGCAUGAGGUUCUGAGACCAACCCCCAGUGCAGCCAAAAAACAAAAAAAAAGGCACACUAUAGUCUAGGGAAAGUUGAUGAGGCUCUGGAAUUCAACAGAACUGAGUCUAAGUCUUGUCUUGGACUUACUAACUCUAUAACAUUGGCUGAAUGACUAAGCCUCUCUAGGCUUGCUUGCUUGCUUAGCCUUACUGCUUUAUCUGAAAAUGAGAUGAAAUAAUAUGUUUUGAAAACCCUAUGACAGCCUAAUGAAGCAUAUUACAAGUAUCAUGUCAAUGUGUCCUAACUGUAAAAGAGCCAAAUGACAUCUAAGCAUAUAGAAUAACAAAUGUUUGAAAAGAAAUAUACAUUUUGUUUGUUGAGUGCAAACAUGUGUAUGUGAAUUGUGGAUAUGUGUACAUAGUUUGCUAACUA